AUGGAGGCUGGGUGAGAUUCCCGCCUCAAGAUAAAGCGAGGUUUUAGGCUCCUCGUGGGUGACGUUAGGGCGCUAGGACCCAGCAAGCCGGAGCACGCUUACACCUGUGCCGAAGGCGGCGGAGUUCCCCACCGCCUCGCCUGAGGUCGGCCGCAGGUUUGGAAGAAGAUGGUGAGAUCCCACAGAUCAACUGAAGCUUUGAGAAGAGUGCAACUUUGAUGAAGGAGUAAUUGCUGGACAUCAGCCGUGAUGAGGCUACUCCGAAGGCAUUAUGGCCCACUAAAGCUAGCUUUGGUGGGCAUUGUCUUUGUAAUCUUCCUUUUCAUAAUGCAAAGAGAUGUGAGCAGUGGGGAACAAAAGGAGGAGCCAUGGCUGAAAAAUAUUGUGGAGAGAAAAGACCAGAUGAUAGAUAUAAUGAUGGGAGCUGUCAACAAUAUCCGUGACUCUAUGCCAAAGCUGCAGAUCCGGGCACCAGCUCAACAAGAGGCCCCUGAGCAGGACAGCAAGUCUUGCUUGCCAGGCUAUUAUACACCAGCAGAACUGAAGUCCUUCAUGGAGCGUCCACCCCAGGACCCCAAUAGCCCUGGUGCUGAUGGAAAAGCUUUUAAGAAGGACCAGUGGACACAAGAAGAGACAAAGGAGAAAGACCAUGGCUAUGAGAAGCACUGUUUUAAUGCCUAUGCCAGUGACCGCAUUUCUCUUCAGAGGGCCCUUGGACCUGACAGCAGGCCUCCAGAGUGCAUCGAUCAAAAGUUCAAACGCUGCCCGCCCCUUCCGACCACCAGUGUCAUUAUUGUCUUCCAUAAUGAAGCCUGGUCCACGUUGCUUCGCACUGUCUAUAGUGUGCUGUACUCUUCUCCAGCUAUAUUGUUAAAGGAAAUCAUUCUUGUAGAUGAUGCCAGUACAGAUGACUACUUGAAAGAUGAUUUGGACAACUAUGUGAAGCAAUUGCAGAUAGUCAGAGUUGUUCGGCAGUUGGAGAGAAAGGGCUUAAUAACUGCCCGAUUACUUGGUGCCAGUGUUGCCAAGGGUGAUGUCCUCACUUUCUUGGAUGCUCAUUGUGAAUGUUUCCAUGGAUGGUUAGAGCCUCUCCUAUCGCGCAUUGCUGAAGAGCCCACUGCUGUGGUCAGUCCAGAUAUCACCACCAUUGACUUGAACACCUUUGAAUUUUCAAAGCCCAUCCAAUAUGGGAAGCAGCACAGUCGGGGAAACUUUGAUUGGAGUCUCACUUUUGGCUGGGAGGCUAUCCCUCAACACGAGAAGCAGAGAAGAAAAGAUGAGACUUACCCAAUCAAGACUCCUACAUUUGCCGGUGGUCUCUUUGCCAUUUCCAAGUCCUAUUUUCAACAUAUUGGCUCCUAUGAUGAUCAGAUGGAAAUCUGGGGAGGGGAAAAUGUAGAGAUGUCUUUUCGGGUUUGGCAGUGUGGAGGCCAGCUGGAGAUAAUCCCCUGCUCCGUAGUCGGCCAUGUGUUCCGUUCCAAGAGUCCACACACCUUCCCCAAAGGGACUCAAGUCAUUUCUAGGAAUCAAGUGCGCUUGGCAGAAGUCUGGAUGGAUGACUAUAAGGAAAUCUUCUAUAGAAGGAACCAGCAGGCCUCCCAGAUGGCCAGAGAGAAAACAUACGGAGACCUCAGUGAGCGACUGCAGCUGAAGGAACAGUUACAUUGCAAAAAUUUCACUUGGUACCUACAAACUGUUUACCCUGAGAUCUUCAUUCCAGACCUCACACCAGCUUUCUAUGGAGCGAUUAGAAAUGAAGGUGCCCAGCAGUGCCUGGAUGUUGGAGAAAACAACCAUGGUGGAAAACCUUUAAUUUUGUAUCCCUGUCAUGGGAUGGGAGGCAACCAGUAUUUUGAAUAUACAUCCCAGCGAGAUCUGCGACACAACAUUGGCAAGCAGCUCUGCCUCCGAGCCAAGAAAGGGGCCGUUGAGUUGGGAGACUGUCAUUAUACAGGGAAACACUCCCGAGUGCCAGAAAAUGAAGAAUGGGAACGGACACAUGAUCACCUGCUUAAGAAUGUAGCAAUUAACUGGUGUUUGUCUGCAAGAGGUGAGCAUCCAUCCAUGGCUCCCUGCAACACUGCAGAUGCUCAUCAGAUCUGGCACUUCAGCUAAAGAAGUCCAAGAAAAAGACCAAAGCAGCUCUGGAAUGCAUCUCCUGUCAAAGCUCCCAUUCUUCUGAACUUGCUUUCUAGCGACAGACGGUAUAUUUCAGGAAGUGAGAGGGGGAACCAAUUUGCUGCAUAACCCAAAAUUUGCCUGUAACACUCUUGUGCCUUUUGCAAUAAGCUCAAAACAGCCAACAUUGGUAUAUUGGUUUAUCUGGGCUUUCUUGAUAAAAACUAAUAAUAAUUACAAGCUGGUAUAUUUGCUCUUUAGAAUACUAGAUACAUUAUCAAAGUUCCAUACUCUGAGGCAAACUACACUGGCAAUGUUCAUAUGGCUGUAGAGAAAAAAUGGCCAUCGGCCAGAUGUGAACUCAAACAUUUCCCUUAUUUGUAUGUUGUGAAUAUUAUAGGAAGUAGUGCUUUGAGGCUCUGACCUAAGGAAUAAAUUGUCUGUGUAUAGUUUAGAGAAUAAUUGGAUGCCAAAGAUAAUGACUUUAAUCUGUUACAUAGGAAACGCUGCUUCUGACAAUACUGAGCAUUGGGAGGAGAAAUCUUUGUAAUUCUAAUGCUUUCUCAACUGUCUUAAAGGUCUUUGCACUGACAUGCAGGUGAGCGGCAGGCAAACCUCUGCUUCCAAAGGCUCAGUGCGGCUACCUGCAAUUAAAACAGUAAAUGCUGGCCUGCAGUAUGGUUGUGCGACUGAAAUCCUAGCCCUUUUGCACAGGCUGAGGCCCGUGUUUUACCUCAAGCUUUGGAGCUUUUGCCAGCAUGCUGCAGGUUGCAACUGAUGAUUCUGUGGAAGAAUUAAAACUGUGUCUUCUAGCUGUUCAGUUCUCUCCAGCAAAUGGAAGAGAAGGAAUGCAGUAAGGUUGUGGCACUUCCUUAGCCCUUCCCCAUGUCUGAGUUUAAUGUGCCUUUUAGUUCUCCCAACCUCUGCAGUCUAGGCCUUCAGAAGGGUGCAACUUGCUUCCAUUCUUCAUGACUAAACAGGGCCCAACCUGGCUUUUCUAUACUGCACUGGUGUUAACAUCCUGCAGUGGGAGAUGGCAUGUGGCUUGAUUUCAGAUACUUCCAUAGCCUUUGUGAUACACUGCAAUGCCAGGAAUAAAGAAAGCUUGCUAAUGUGCCUUUAAACAAAUAAAUAAAGCAAAACACUAGCGGAGCAGGAAGCUAUCUCUCAUGAGAAACCAGCUGCCAAAUGAAGGCUUACUCACAUCAGUGGAUGGGAGUUAAAGCAACGCAAAAAAAGCAAAAUUUGUGUGUGUGUAUCUGUAUAUUUGUGUUUGCAUUUCAUUGAUGAGAAAUACCCACUAGGAAAGCAGCUAGAGUAAAGUGAUCAUGGCUACUGCUAAUCAUAGUGAU